AUGCGCAUCCUCUGUGUGGCUGAGAAGCCGUCGAUCGCCAAGAGUAUCGCCGGAAUUCUUGCCGGCGGCCAUCCGUCCAACCGUCCAGGCAAGGACAAGUUCUGCCGCAACUAUGACUUUCAGUACCGCAUGCCCGGCGUCCAGGGCAUGGUCGACAUGACCGUCACCUCGGUGCGCGGCCAUCUCACCAAUGCAGACUUUGGACCCGAGUACAAGGCCUGGUACUCGUGCUCGCCCGCCGACCUCUUUACGGCGCCCAUCAUGACCAACCUCAGCGACGAUGCCAAGGCGAUCGGCCUGAAUCUGCGCAACGAGGCGCGCAAUGCGGACGCACUCAUGAUCUGGACCGAUUGCGAUCGCGAGGGAGAGCACAUCGGCAGCGAGAUCGUCGCCGAGGUGCGCAAGGUGCGCCGCAACAUCCGCGUCAUGCGUGCGCGCUUCUCGGCCAUCAUCGACUCGCAGAUCCACGCCGCCUGCCAAAACACCGUCGAGCUCGAUUGGCGCGCCGCCGACGCCGUCGAGUCGCGCAUCCAGCUCGACCUGCGCAUCGGUGCCGCCUUCACCCGCAUGCAGACGCUCGCACUCCAAAACCACAUCCCCGCGCUCAACGAGGCGCGCCAGGUGAUCAGCUACGGACCCUGCCAGUUUCCCACGCUUGGAUUCGUCGUCGACAGGUACAACAAGGUGAUCGAGUUUGUGCCCGAACUCUUCUGGCUGCUGCAGCUCCAUAAGACGCGCAGCAUGUCCGGCGGCGAUCCCGCGCCCGAGGAUCCGCCCGAUCAGAUUCGCAAGGUGGUGUUCAACUGGGAUCGCGGCCAUCUCUUCGACAAGCUCGCCGUAGAGAUCCUUCGCGACCUCUGUCGCGCCAGCCCACUGGCGACGGUCGACAAUGUGAACAGCAAGCAGACCAGAAAGUGGAAGCCCUAUCCGCUCACCACGGUCGAGCUGCAAAAGUCGGGGUCGCGUCUGCUGCGCCUCACGCCCAAACGCAUCCUCGACAUCGCCGAGUCGCUGUAUCAAAAGGGCUUCCUCUCGUAUCCACGCACAGAGACGGACCAGUACGACAAGGAGUUCGACUUUAACGCGCUCAUCGCCAAGCAGACCGCCGACGGCGCGUGGGGUGGCAUUGCACAGCGCCUGCUCGACGGCGCAUUCGAACGCCCGCGCAACGGCAGGAACAACGACAAGGCGCAUCCGCCCAUCCACCCCACAUCGCACGCCAACAAUCUCACGGGCGACGACAAGCGCGUCUACGACUACGUCACGCGGCGCUUCCUCGGCAGUUGCUGGACGGACGCCAUCGGCACCCAGACCACGGUCAACGUGAGUGUCGCGGGCGAAAAGUUCCAUGCGUCUGGUUUGGUGAUUCUGCAGCGCAACUACCUCGAGGUGUUCACGUACGACAAGUGGGAGGGCAAUCUGCUGCCUCCGUUUGUGCGCGGCGAGACAUUCACGCCGACGCGGCUCGAGAUGAAGCAGGGCGCCACGACGCCUCCCAAGCUGCUCACCGAGGCGGACCUGGUGAGUCUCAUGGACAAGAACGGCAUCGGCACCGACGCGACGAUCGCCGAACACAUCGCCAAGGUGAUCGAGCGCCAGUACGUCAUGUCGGUCAAAGAGGGCAAGACGAGCUAUCUGGUGCCCUCGACGCUCGGUAUUGGGCUCGUCGAGGGGUAUAACCAGCUGAACCUCGAAAAGUCGCUGUGCAAGCCCGUGCUGCGGCGCGAGACCGAGUUUCGCAUGUCGCUCAUCUGUGCCGGCGAGCGCACCAAGGCAGAGACGAUCGCAGAGAGCGUCAACGAGUACCGCGAGGUGUUUGCGCUCACCAACCGCCAGUUUGGCCGCAUCGCAGAGACGGUACUGUCUUACCUCACCGAUCCGAAUGCCGGGCAGGAGGCGCGCGCGGUCGAGAUUGGAGAGCACGAUGAAGACGACGAUGUGGAUGCGAUCAACUUGAUCAGUGACAGUGACAGUGAUGGGGACAGCGAUGAUGGCGGCGGUGGGCCUGCACGAGGUCAGGGAGCGGCGCGAGGGGCCGGACGUGGACGUGGCGCUGCAAGUCGCGGUGGAAGCACUCGGGGCGGACGUGGCGGUGCGGCUGCCGGACGAGCUGCGCCACGACUUGACCGGUCUGGGCCCGACAAUGACGGAGGCUCCAAAGAUGCGCGUCCCGGCAGCGAUGGCAGUGGGUCGCCCUCGUGCCUGUGCGGCGAAGCGGCGGUGGAGCGCACGACGAACAAGGCGGGAGCCAACCAGGGCCGGCGCUUCUACGCGUGUGCCAAGCCAAUGGGUGAUCCUAGCAAGUGCGACUUUUUCGAGUGGGCCGACACGGCCAACACACGCAGUGGCUUUAGCAACGGGUCGGCACCAAGAACGGUUCCUGCGAAACGCUCUGUGCCUGCAGACACGGACGAGUGGUCCAGCAACAUGCGUUCGACCUCGUCUUGGUCUGGGUCUGGAUCGGUGCGACGGUGCGAUUGCGAUCUGCAGGCGGUGCGUCGCACGAGCGGCAAGAGCGGCGCAAACCAGGGCAGGUCGUUCUGGACCUGUGGCCGCGAGAGCAUCAAGCUGCGCUGCAAGUUCUUCGAGUGGGACGACGACGAAUCCCCCACCACCAGCACGCGAGCUGUCAAUAGCAGCAGUGGUGGUGGGGGCGGAGGUGGUGGAGGAGGUGCAUCGGGAGCGUGUUAUCGGUGCGGACAGAGCGGACACUGGGCAUCGGACUGUACGAACGAGCAGCGCACGACAGCCAACGCAUCGGGUCGUGGCUCAGCACCCAAGAGGGGAGGUGCCAAGCGGCGUGGGAGUGGAAAGACGCGAGGCGGCGGCAGUGGCGGUAGAGGCGGCAAGGACGACGGCUGCUUCCGAUGCGGCAAAAAAGGGCAUUGGUCAAGCGAGUGUCCCGGCACCUAG